AUGGAUAAUUUAAGUCCUAUGGAAAGACCAGUAUUUAAUUCAUCUGAAGCAGUAGUUGUAAAAAUGAGAUUUUUUUUACAACAAAUUAUGGAUGUUGAUGAAAAAAAUCAGGUAGUACAAGUUAAUGCAUGGAUAAGAUAUAGUUGGAAUGAUUAUAAAUUAAAAUGGAAUCCAGAAGAGUAUGAUAAUAUUACAGAUAUUAGAUUUAAUGGUAAUACAGAUAGUAUUUGGAAGCCAGAUAUUUUACUUUAUAAUUCUGUUGAUGAAGAUUUUGAUACAACAUACAAGUCAAACUUUGUUGUAUAUUCAAAUGGCGAAAUAACAUGGAUUCCACCAGGAAUAUUAAAAUUUUCAUGUAAAAUUGAUGUUACAUAUUUUCCAUUUGAUAAUAUAUUUUGUUCUCUUAAAUUUGGUAGUUGGACAUAUCAUGGUUUAGAUUUAGAAUUACAAAUUGAUACAGAUGAUCCUAAUCAUAUCCAUCAAAUGGAUUUAUCAGAUUAUGUUGCAAAUGGUGAAUGGAUUCUUGUUGGAUCACCGGCAGCAAGAGAAAUAACUUAUUAUAGCUGUUGUCCUGAACCUUAUCCUACAAUUAUCUUUUCUUUACAUCUUAGAAGACGAACAAUGUAUUAUAGUUUCAACUUAUUGAUACCAGCUUUAUUAAUUACUUCAUUAUCAAUAUUUGGUUUUACAUUACCACCUGAUGCUGGUGAAAAAAUUAACUUACAAAUAACAAUAUUGUUAUCUGAAAUGUUAUUUUUAUCAAUGGUUGCAGAAGUGACACCGUUAUCAGAAGAAAUACCAUUAAUAGGAAUAUUUUUCAGUGCUUUCUUAAACUUACAUUUUCGAAAUGCUGAUUCUCAUUUUAUGACUCUAUUUAUAAAAAAAAUAUUUUUAAAUUUUUUACCAUGGUUAUUUAUGAUGAGAAGAAAGGGAUAUGUUUUUAAAAAUGGAAAGUCAUAUAAAAAUCCAAAUGAUUCUGAUUUAAAACUUACACCACCAUCAAAUUUAGAAUCAUUUAAUGAAAAGUUAACAUCAAAUGACUCAUUAAAAUCUGCACAAUUGAUACUUUUACAUCGAAUAUAUGUGGAACUUAAAGAAAUUACAGCAAGAGUUGCUGAUGAUGAUGAAAAAGAACAGGUAGAAAAUGAUUGGAAGUUUGCUGCAAUGGUUGUUGAUAGAGUAUGCUUAAUUAUGUUUACAUUUUUUUUACUUAUUUUUAUUUUAUUCUUUCUUAUUGCAUCACCCCAUUGGGAUAACUAG